AUGUGUCGCACCUGUGGUCAGCAGGUGGAUCAAGCCCAGGCCCUCUUUGAUAAGGAAAGCAGCGUAGUCCUGUACAACAUAUUCAAGUUGACUGGGGUUCUGUUAAGUGACAAGCCCGGCGUGCCAACAAAGAUCUGUUUAUCCUGCCUGCAGGAUCUCAACGGUGCCAUCUCCUUCCGGGAGCGCUGUAUCAGGACGAACAACUCUUGGUUCGAUAAUCAGGACACAAAAGAGGACUUUGACGUUCAAAUGGAGGAGGACAUUAGCCAAAACGAACUUCGAGUAAUAAUUGUGCCUAAAAGAAGCCUAAAUCAACCAGAGAGUUCACCGCAAAACAGCAAAAAGCUGGAUGGGGUUAUGUCGAUGACAAUAGAUGAUCCUAUUGAUCGCUUGACUGCCCCGGAUGCCACUUCUGUUGAUUUCAUGGAUCCUCUGAGAUGCGAGGAUACUAUUCAAGUAAAGGUGGAACACCUGCCUACAGAUGGAGAGCCUACAGAAAAGAAACCCAAAUCUUCAACAAGAAAAAAACGCGGCAGACCAAAAGAAGACAAUAAAAGCAAGGCAGAAAAAUACGAAAAGCGAAAAAAGUUAGCUGCGGAAAAGAGAGCGCAGGCGAAGGAUCAGAAACCAUAUUUCUGCGAUCAAUGCGGGAAAACCUUCAGCGAAAGGGGCAACUUCAAUGUCCACCUCACGCGGCACAAGGGCACCAAGGAGUUCCAGUGCCAGGAGUGCGAUCGCAGAGAGUUCACCCAACACCUGCUCAAUCUGCACGUGCGGGUCAAGCAUCGCGGCGAACUGCCCUAUGUGUGCAAGUACUGUGGCCAGCGGUUUGAUAAUUGCCUCAAGAGGCUGUUCCACGAGCGGAAGCACAAGGAGAGCCCUGACCACCGACCGCAUGUGUGUUCCAUUUGCAAGAAGGGAUUCAAGAGCACGACGUCCCUAAGAAACCACAGCGUAGUGCACACGGGCGAACAGCCUUUCCACUGCGAACUCUGCCAGACGCACUUCAAUCGCAGGAACAGCCUGAGAACCCACUACAAAUCCAAACAGCAUGUCAUUAAAGCCGAGGAGCAGGCAAAACAACUGGAGGUCGAAGACGAUACUGUUCCGGAAGAUGGGUAA